AUGAUUAAAGUACAUAAAACCCGGAAAUUCAAGGGUUGUCGUUACACUAAAAUCAGUGCUCACUGGGAUUUAUCAUUGAUGUUUUGUCUGCAAUUGAUAAUUCCACUACUAUUUAUGCCUAAACCGUCCAAUCCAGCCGCAGAUAUUCAUCAUACAAUCUAUAUCCUCUUAUUUCUUAUCUGUUUUUUUCUGGAACGAAAACCAUGCGGUAUCUGUGCUAUUAUCUUGUUUAUAUUCAUUAUCCUUCCAUGUUAUAAUUCCCUGGAUAAUUUGUGCAUUUUCACUACAUGCAGUAAAGAUCGAAGUUUGGCGUAA